GGGGCCAGCCGAGGCGGGGCGAACUUCUGCUCUACUGCGUCGGGGUGGCUCACAGCUCCCGCCCCUUUUCGCUUAGCUUUCCCGCGGCUGAUUCCCCGCACCACGUGCCCUCCUGGCCGCUCCCCCAGCUGCCCUUUACAAGUGCCUGUUGGAAGCUGCUGUAAAAUGUCGUGAGGGGCGCUGCGGCUUUACGGCUGCCUCUCCCAGACCCGAGCCCGGGAGCGCCCACCGCCGUAAGCCUAUCUCUGAGAGUCGGCCUUGCGGAGAGUGAGAGACCCGGCACUUCGCUGCCCUCCCCGCCGCGCCCGUUCCGGCCUUCGGCGAUGUGAGCUCGAGGAGGCUGCGGUGCCCCCCGGCCCGGGGUUGAGACGGGCAGCAGGUGCUUGUGAGGCGGGCGGGUGCUGGGGGCCUGCAGGAUGGAGGAAAGCAUGGAAGAGGAGGAGGGGGGCAGCUACGAGGCGAUGAUGGACGACCAGAACCACAACAACUGGGAGGCCGCCGUGGACAGCUUCCGGCAGCCCCCGCCACCUCCGCCGCCCCCCUCUUCGAUCCCGGCCCCUGCCCGAGAGCCUCCGGGGGGUCAGCUGCUGGCAAUGCCUGCGGUCUCCGUGGACAGGAAGGGCCCCAAGGAGGGGCUCCCGAUGGGGCCGCCACCACCGCCGGAGGCCAAUGGUGUGAUCAUGAUGUUGAAGAGCUGCGACGCGGCCGCCGCCGUGGCCAAGGCGGCCCCCGCCCCCACCCCCAGCUCCACCAUCAACAUCAACACCUCCACCUCCAAGUUCUUAAUGAAUGUUAUAACUAUUGAAGAUUAUAAGAGCACAUACUGGCCAAAAUUGGAUGGUGCCAUAGAUCAGCUUUUAACUCAGAGUCCCGGUGACUAUAUCCCCAUAUCCUAUGAACAGAUAUACAGUUGUGUGUAUAAAUGUGUGUGCCAGCAGCACUCGGAACAGAUGUAUAGUGAUCUGAUUAAAAAGAUAACUAAUCACUUAGAGAGAGUUUCAAAGGAGCUGCAGGCCAGCCCGCCAGAUCUCUAUAUUGAAAGAUUUAAUAUAGCUCUUGGACAAUAUAUGGGAGCAUUGCAGAGCAUUGUGCCUCUUUUCAUAUAUAUGAAUAAGUUUUACAUCGAAACCAAGCUUAACAGAGACUUAAAAGAUGAUCUUAUAAAGCUGUUUACGGAACAUGUUGCAGAAAAGCACAUAUACAGCCUAAUGCCUUUACUUUUAGAAGCCCAGUCAACACCAUUUCAGGUCACACCUUCAACUAUGGCAAAUAUUGUGAAAGGCCUGUACACUCUCAGACCAGAGUGGGUUCAGAUGGCUCCGACUCUAUUUUCUAAAUUUAUUCCAAACAUUCUCCCUCGGGCGGUGGAAUCUGAACUUUCUGAAUAUGCUGCUCAAGAUCAGAAACUUCAAAGAGAACUUAUACAAAACGGUUUUACGAGAGGUGACCAGUCCCGGAAGAGAGCUGGGGAUGAGUUGGCUUAUAACAGCUCAUCAGCAUGUGCAAGUUCCAGAGGGUACAGAUAGUGACUGUGCUGGAGGUACCUUCCUUCCUGAAAAGAGGACACACUGGAGCUGCAGAGCACAGCGGGGGUCCUGCAGACACUCAGGAGCUCUGUCACAAAGCUGUUCUCGGAAGAGGAUGUUGGACUUCUUACUUUGGUUUGUAAUUUUAAAAAACAAAAAACUAACAAAGAAAAACAAAAACGAUAAAAACAGUUGCUGCUAGACUUGGGGAUAAUUUUGAAAUGGGACAAUCUUCUAAUGAGUUUAUCUACAGAUUCCGUGAGCAACAGGCGUCAUGAAGAGUGACCAUUGCUAAGUGCGAUACGGCAGCCAAAAUCAGCAGCUUCCUCCAAAAAUACAAGAGCAGAAGAAUCUUUCUUUUUUCUUUUAAAGCACUUGUUUUGUUCAUUUGUGGACUUGGCACUUUGGCAUAUUGGUUUCACACAUCAAGAUAUCUUUUGCUUUAAAAUCAAGCAGAUCAUUACAAUACAGUAUUUUUCACCCAUAACCAAAACAAACCCCUUUAAAAGAGUUGGUCUUUAUUUAGCAUUAGACAGUCUUGUUAAAAAUGCUAACCCUGCUUUCAAUAUAACUUCUUCCCCCCAUCAGUUCACAACUGUUUUCUACUCUGUGCCUUGAGCUUUGUGCACUUUGCAACUCUGUGACCAUGUUGUCAAACUCACAAAUGCUUCCCGAAAACGUUUAUCAAAUCACAGACUAACCCGCCAAGAUGUCAGGUGUGACUUUGAUAACAGGAUGCUGAAUAAGUGGGAAAAUAGAAACAUGUUGCACAUUGGCCAAAUUUCCUCUGGCCUCACCGUGGCAUGUUAGGGACCAACCUUAUAGAACGUUUCCAUUUCCUCCAUCACAACAUGAUCUCACCAGCUGCUGUAGUGUUGGCAUUAUGCUAGUUUAGGGGACAGUACCUUAGCACUAAAACUCCCUUUUUAAUACUGUGGAGAAUCACCCAUCGGUAAAAGCUGGUUCCUGCGAUGCUCUAGGAAGCAGGUACGGUUAUUAAAUCCAAAUAUAAUCAAUGAUGUGGGAUUCCUGAUCCAUUUCAUUUUAAAUGGGUGAGAUAAGUACUUAAAAAAAAAAGUCUGCAGUCUGCGUCUUUUCAAACAUCACAUUUGAGCAUAAUAGAGAAGCAGCAGCACUUCUGUUUAAAGGCUCCCUUCCGGCUGUGGCAAAGCUGUGUUUUCUGUCUCCAUACACCCACAGUGCUAUUUAGUUCCUUAUAAAAGACUCUGAAGCUUAUUCUGAAUUGUUUUUGAAAGGCAAAGAGAAAUAGAAAGCUGUGGCAAGGGAAAAACAUUUUCCUCCUCAGUUUUGCUUAAAUCUGAAUCGAGCAUAUGCCUGAGCGUUGGGCUGUGUUGGACUAAUAUUUGCCUCUUCAGAGAACUUGGGACAACACAAGAAGACCUGGCAGGGAUACUGUCACACUCUGAUGGCAGGUUUUUAGUAGAGGUGCCUUUGCCAAUUCACUUUGUCCUUUUUGGGGGAGCGGGCUGGGUGGGAGAGUUAGAAGUGUGGUGUUAGGAGCAAGUCAGUCACCUAAAAUAAGUCCUCUAUUUGUCCACUUAUUCUUCAGAGAAGUAAAAGUUGUCAGAGUUAUUUUUUUAAGUACUUAUCAACCAGAGUUGGUGGAUUUUGAGGAGGACUUUAAAUUGGGCUCAUUUAACUGUGAGCAGUUUGGACUGUCUCGAUAAACACUGAAUUACUGUAAGAAUAUAUACAGGCUCUCUGUAUGCCCUGUACAGUUUGAUUUGCUACACCAGUAACAUUCUAGUAUCAAGGAAGAAUUCCAUUUUAUUAUGAAGUUCAGAUUUUACUUGAUGGAAUGCUUGCUGCAGGCUUAUAAAUAACACCUGCAACUGAGCUCUUGAGCAGUUUUAAUGAUGUUUCUGUAAGGAAUAAAAUUGGAAUGGUUCUUUAAAGGUGGAUGAAUUCUCCAGUAGCCUAAUCAUAUACCGAAAUGCUUUUUCUGGGAGGGAGUAUUCUUCAGCCAACAACGAAACUUUCCCUAUAAAAAGCAUUGUAUUAUGAUGUGAAUUGGCAUUAAAAUCUUUGGAUGCUUUUUGCAUUAUUAAGUUAAUGAAGAAAUAUUUUAUAUUGUCUUCUUUUUAUUAUGUAUGUAUUAACAAAAAGUGGGCAGAGUAAAGUUUGCAGAACUGAAUUUCUCUGUACAUUUUUGCACAGUGGCUGCAGCUUGCUGUGGGUGAGGGCUUGGUGAUGCAAAGCCGUGAUUGGAAGGCACUGUAGAAAGAAUAUACACGUUUUUCCAGUGCAGGUGACCUGGUUGUUACUCAUCUUGGCCCCUUGAAGUAUACUGCAGUAUGAAGAAUCUGUUUCUUUACAUUGUUACUGGCUUUGCUUAUUUAAUUGGGAGUCUUAGCAGAAAUCUUAGUUUGCAACAUGAGAGGGAAUCAGAUUUGCCUCCAUUUUGUAUUGCCUAAGCACUGUUUGCCUGAAAGUAUUUUCUUCUCGUGUGUCCUUGUAUUCUUCUUGCCAGCACAGUAUACAGUUUCUCCAUGCCAGUUAAACACUGGCUUUUGGUGGGGCCCAAGUCGCUGAAGACAGAAAACUGUAAAGCAGGUUGGUGGUCUCAUGAGGCAACACACGCAGUUGGUUUGGCCAAACUGCCUGGUAUGUAUGUGCGGCCCGAAACCAGACCCUCCAGAGAAAGCCAGCUUGCUCCCCUUGGAAUGAUGACACGUAACAUCAGUAGAUGAUCAUUGUUUUGAGAGACUGUACUUAUUUCAAAGGUUGGCCUUAAGCUUCAGUAACAGUGUCAUCUCAUGUCCUCUGUUGUCACAGCUGCAUCCUAACUCGACUGCUUUGUUUUCUGGAGGGCAGAGAGCAAAAUCUGGUGGUGUGACUCAACCUACUAGUUCUUAGGUAGAGUUUGUGAGAAGAAACAUAAACCUGGAUGCAUGAGCUGUGCAUUAUUAAAUUUUGUGGAAAAGUUACUAUUUUUUUUUCACCCUGUCCCUUUUACACGUUUGAGGCGGUCCCCGUCCCUUGCUUUGGGGUGGGGGAUGAGAGCUGAUGUGUGAGCGAGCCUGCGGAAGGCUGGAUGCCCAUGGUGGCUAACUCUGCAUGCCCCUUUCCAGCACCACGGCUGUCACUCCCCUUGCUCUAUGCCAUGCUUUCUGUCAGGUUGCAAAUUUGCACACAAAGAAUUCCUCAGGAAGAGUUUGCACACGCAUCACCUCGCAAUAUUCUGUACUGACCGAACAAGGGAUUUGAAAGUUUUUCAGCACAAAAGGAGAACUUCAGAGUGAUGGUCUGUGCACACGUCCUAGCAAAGGUAAUGGUGGUCUAGCAAACACGAUUGGUUUCUGGAGUUAAGAAGUGAGCGGGAGCACUUGUGUCAUGGUAUUUAGUGAGCCUGUUUAAUCUCCCAGGGUAACCCUUCAGAUUUUGUCGUCUUCUCAUUGAGACUGGCUCUAUUUUCUUCUAUGUUUUUUCUGUUUCAUUGCAGCUCAUUAUUUCCGUGAUUAUUAUGCAAGUGGCAUUGCCCUUGAGCUAAAAUUCAAUUGUCUAAUAAGCAGCUAUUAUUAGAUAACUAAACAUUGUUUUAUGAAUAUACGCUAAUCUGAGAUACUAAAAAUAUUUACAACUAAAAAGCAAAACCCCUCCAUUGACUAUCCAGUCAUUGUUUGGAUUUUUUUUUUUUAAUUGGUGUCUCAUUGAGCUUCAGAGUAUUAUGUACUUUAAUCCAGGUUUAAGCCUCUUAAGGGGACUUUAAAAUUUAAGAUCAGAAUAUGAAUCCCUUGACUGACACCUAGGAGAGGUUUAAAAGGACCUUUUUGGUUGUGAUGACUGUUUUCAAUAAGAUUGUGUAAGAUGUAGCUCAUGUUUAUCAGAAGUUAAAACAGACAUAGGAGUCCAUGGAGAAGUGGCUUUCCUGUUACUGUCAUUACCCUGUUGAAAUUUGCCCCAGUUUCUGGCCACCAGGAUAUAUGAAAGGACUCUUGUUCUUUCCAAAGGAAAUGAUUCCUCUUCUGUCCCCACUGGUUAUUAACUAAGUCAUGGACGCUUUCCCAUCUCCACUGGCCAAGACCCUAUUUUGAACCUCUUUCCAGAGCCGAGUGGUACAAGUACAUACACUUUUUCUGCUUAUGUUGGUGGAGUGGCUGUGGGAGAAUUAAAGGAAAUGCUAAUCAGAGGUACAUUCUUACAGGACCCUAGUAUAUGUUGUACCCCUGCUGAUUGGAAAUUAUGUUCAUUUCUGGUUGGACUGCAUUGUUUAGAAGAAUGUUAAUGGCUUACAAUUCUGGGAAAUUUAUAAUGUGGCUCUAGGGUGAAUUCUGUGGUUUGAAGAAAAUAAAUAUUUUGUAUUGAUUCUCACAUGCCAUGUCAAUGUUGUGACUGUACUAAAUGCAAUAAGACUGUGGAUGUUCUCUUAGAAGGGUAUGUUUUGUUAAACAGAUGGCAACUUAAUUGCUCUCAUUAGUCCUGUUUGUCAAUAUGACAGCCAUGCAAUUCAGGAGAAAUUAUUGAGAUGUGCUGUUGGGGGGAGCUAUGGCUGGAGACAGGAAUGCUUAUGAAUAAAUGGAGGUCAAAUGCAGGCAAGAGGCUUCUGCCACCCACCAGCAUAGCCAGAGGAAGGAUGAAGUGAAGCAAUGAAGUCUAGUCCCUGGUGGUGCUUGUUUGUUAGAGAGCAUGGUGGAGCUUCAAACAGGGUGUUUUGUACAUCAACUCUUGUUAAUCCAAGAAAAACAAAAUGGUGGAUGAAACUCUUAUUGACUGGGAAUUCAAAGCCACUGACUUUGGCUCUGAUCUUUAACCCUUGAUGGAUUUGAAUCACUCCUUCUGUAUCGGGUAUAUACCAUCACUCAAACAUUGUGGUUAAUGAAAUAAAUCUUGUACAGAUA